GUUCUCACCUCAACAAAGAAGGAAUUCUCAGUUGGCUCUCUUCCUCCUCAAAGCCCCUUCUGUUUACACCAGAAAAAUCCAACAUGGUAUUAGAGCUUCAAUGAUCUUGAGGGACCUCUGAGAGUGAUAUUGAGGGAACACCAGAAAAACCCCACAUUUCUCAUUGUUUUCAGAGGGUUCUUCACAUGAAACCCGUCUUGCUUGGCCAAAAUCUUGCAGCAAAAAAGGCUGUGAAGAUGGAGGCAUAUGUUAGUCCCACCAUGGGAAAUGUCAAGGAGAGGAAAGCUAGAUUCAAAGAGAAGGUGUCCAUGGAUUCUACAGCCAAUAGUCCAAAGGGAAAAAGUCUGUCAAGGGUGCAACUUGAGAAAGAGAAAACUCAAAGCAUGCAUCAAAUCCUGUUCACCAAAAGUUGAACCUGAUCUAUAUCCCUAACGAAGCUGUAGAAGGAAAUGAAACAAGAAGAAAAUUGAGCAACUUACGGGAAGGCUCAAGAAAGCUCCAAAAAAAUGUGUGAAAGCAGCAAAUCCAAGCAAGAUGAAGUUGCAACAUUGAAGGAGGAGCUGAUCUGCUAAAGGAGAUGCUUUAGCAGCAACAAAAAAUCAAAACAAAGCAUAGAGAGCUGCACAAAUGGUAGAUUCCAAAUGCUUGGUUAAUGUUAUGUUAUCCUCAGUUUUAACACCAAUGAGGAGUGUUGGAGUUGUGGUGUGAAAGCUGCACAAGAGGAAGCAAAUGAAACAAAGCUGCACAAGUGGCAGAAAAUGAAAACAAAGCUGCACCAGGGGCAGCAAAUGAAGAAGGCUACACCAAAGCACGAUAGCAACAAAGUGCAACAACCUAUGCUGCAAAAUAUUGAUGAAAUGAUGAUGAAAUGAGGUUGAAAUGUAAUGCAAAUGAAAGCAAAUGGAAGGCUGCAAAGUAGCAGCAAGAACAGCCACAUGGAGCCACACAAAUGAAAGCAAGACUUUUAAUGUAAUCUUGCAUUAAAUGUUUUGUAGAUUUUUCUCUUAAUGGAUAAGUAUCAGGUACUGUUUAUGUACUGAAUUUUUUGCUCUAUAAUAGCAGAACAAUGAAUGAAAAACUGAGUUCUCACCUCAACAAAGAGGGAACUCUAGUGCUUCUCCCUUUCUCUUCCAAGUCCUUUCUUAAUUCUCCAACAGAAACAAGUCGAAGUACUUGAAAUGCUCAGAGUAAGAAUCCCAUCUCUAAUCACCCUAGAAGUUCUGAGGAUGGUUACAAGGAAAAGCAAAACCUGAAUAACCCUGCUGUUCUCGAGCGUCUGUUUGAUCUUAGAAGCCCGUUGUAACUCACUCGACGGCAGGUCCGGUCUGUAGUUCUAGAUCUCUCUGUCCUCUGGUUUUUUAUUCGGAAUCAAGUUUAUCUUCGCAU